GCCUACAGGAGAAUGCCUUUCGGAUUGUGCAAUGCUCCUGCCACUUUCCAGAGAUGCAUGAUGUCGAUCUUUACUGAUCUUAUUGAGGACAUUAUGGAGGUUUUUAUGGACGAUUUCUCAGUCUACGGUUCUUCAUUUAGCGACUGCCUUGCUAAUCUGUGCAAGGUGCUGGAAAGAUGUGAGGAGAAGAACUUGGUGUUAAAUUGGGAGAAGUGUCAUUUCAUGGUGAAAGAUGGCAUUGUUUUGGGUUUCUACAGGAGGUUUAUCAAAGACUUCUCUAUGAUAGCGAGGCCACUCACCCGUCUGCUGUGCAAAGAAGCGAAGUUUGUUUUUGAUGCUGACUGCCUCGCUGCGUUUCAGAUUCUCAAGAAGUCUCUAGUCAGUGCUCCCAUUGUGCAGCCACCAGAUUGGGACUUGCCAUUUGAAAUAAUGUGUGACGCAAGUGAUUACGCGAUUGGAGCUGUUUUGGGGCAGAGAAAAGACAAGAAACUCCAUGUGAUCUAUUAUGCCAGCCGAACGCUUGAUGAUGCUCAAAUCAAGUAUGCUACCACUGAGAAGGAGUUGCUGGCAGUAGUUUAUGCUUUCGAGAAGUUCAGGUCCUAUUUGGUGGGCUCGAAAGUAAUUGUGCACACAGAUCAUGCAGCCUUGAAGUACCUGAUGACGAAAAAAGAUGCUAAACCGAGACUCUUAAGGUGGAUCUUACUCCUACAGGAGUUUGAUAUUGAGAUCAGAGACAAGAGAGGAGCAGAAAAUGGAGUGGCAGAUCAUCUUUCCCGAAUGAGAGUGGAAGCUGAAACACCACUGGAUGAUACAUUACCCGAGGAGAAUGUCUAUGUGAUCACCUUGCUGGAGGAUGAGUAUUUGGAUCAGGCUGAUUGCUGUGUCAUGAGACAAAUUCAGGAUGAUCUCCCAUGGUUUGCAGACUUUGCAAACUACCUAUGUGCUGGAAUUGAACCACCGAACCUGAAGGGGUAUGAGAGGAAAAAGGUAUGGGGAAUUGAUUUUAUGGGCCCUUUCCCAUCUUCUUAUGGAAAUGAGUACAUCUUGGUUGCGGUUGAUUAUGUCUCCAAGUGGGUGGAAGCAGUAGCCAGCAAGACAAAUGACUCUAGUGUUGUCAAGAAAAUGUUCAAGACAGUCAUUUUUCCAAGAUUCGGGAUCCCGAGAGUGGUUAUUAGUGAUGGAGGCUCUCACUUCAUCAACAAGACGUUCGAUAAACUGCUGAAGAAACAUGGAGUAAAGCAUAAGGUAGCUACACCUUAUCAUCCUCAGACAAGUGGGCAGGUUGAAAUAUCGAACCGAGAAAUCAAGGGGAUUUUGGAGAAGGCUGUAGGCAAAACAAGGAAAGACUGGGCUGUGAAGCUUGAUGACGCCUUAUGGGCGUAUAGAACCGCCUACAAGACUCCCUUGGGCACCACUCCUUUUAAUCUGGUCUAUGGAAAGUCUUGUCACCUACCUGUGGAAUUGGAGUACAGUGGUUUUUGGGCAACGAAGUUGAUGAACUUCGACAUUAAAACCGCAGCAGAAAGGAGGAUGGUUCAGUUGAACGAGCUGGACGAGAUUCGGUUGAACGCCUAUGAGAACACCAAAAUCUACAAGGAAAGAACUAAGGCAUGGCAUGACAGAAAGAUAAUCCCGAGAGACUUCGCUGCUGGAGACAAAGUCCUUCUGUUCAACUCUAGACUCAAGCUAUUUCCUGGAAAGCUUAAGUCUCGUUGGUCCGGACCUUUCACCAUCACAGAGGUUAGACCUUAUGGAGCUGUUGUCUUGGAAGACAAUGGGAGGAAAUUCACCGUCAAUGGGCAGAGGCUAAAACCUUACUUCACAGAUGCAAAACCCGAAGAAGGAACCAACAUUCCUUUAACGGAACCCGAUCUCGCCUAAGGACAACAAAAUAGUCAGGCUCGCGACUUUAAACAAGCGCUGACUGGGAGGCAACCCACAUGGUUUGAUUUUCUUUCUCUUUUUGUGAUUAUGUUUUCUUGUGUGAAUUGAUUUUUGGUUGUGUUUUUAGAUGAUUUUUAGGCAUGUAUCACGAUCAGGCAUAGAUCGAUCCGAAAGAAACAGAACGG